AUAAAAGCCAACGACACGGAGCAAAUCCAUCCAGACGUUCAGCAGGACACAUUCCGCUCUCGACUUUGCCAUCAAUCUCGGCAUCGAAACAGCAUCCAGAAAAAUGCAGCUUUUGUUUUCCAGCAUAUUGGUAUUGGCUGUAGCAGCUUGUGCGUACGCUGAAGCCGGAAAGGAUUCCGGAAACGACGAAUUAGAAAAGAACUUCCGCGCUGGGGGUCCGGAGCCUUCCUAUGACGUCAAGGAACGAAAAAAUGAAGGCCGUUUCAUUUUCAAAACUGUGUCGGUAACUCUUCAGACGUCGACUGUUACCUCAACUUCGACUGAAGUAUCGACAUGCACGACAUCAACGGCUGGUCUUUCCGUUUGCACAGCAUCCGGACGACGUCGUCGUGGUCUCCAUCUCAGCGGGAACAAGGAAGGCCGUGGACUGUUUUAUAACGAAAACGAAGAGGAAAGCGAAGAUGGCAACGUGUUCCUACCAUCUGUUGACAAGGUUGAGGACACACCUGUUCAAUCUGAGGCUACUCGUGAAGCCAAAGAAAGCUCUGUUGACGUUGUUCCAUUCGUUGUCCAACCUGGAUUUGAUGCUCCUGCUGGCCAGGGUCGCGUAUAUUUAGCUUUUCGCACGUCAACGAUCACGACCACCUCUACAACUACGCGCACUACCACACUGACUGCUAUUUGCAUCAGCACCACGGGAUUCCAGGUGUGCGGAUCCCAGGGCAAAUAAAUUUGUGCGCAAAUGCCUUGAAAUUUCCCUGCUUAUUUUUGACUUUCUGCUCCCUAUAUUAUCUGGUACAAACUUUGUUCCCCAUCCAGCCUCUUCUCGAAAGCAAACGAGUUCCCAAAUAGGAUCAAUCGACAAAGUAUAUUUAAACUCAUCAAAGAGUUCUAUGAAUAAUAUGUUAUUUUAUGUCGUCGGUCACUCUUUUUGCUGGUAAUGAAACCUCGCUAUGCCAUGGAAGACUGAAUACACUUUAAUGCAUCUAG